ACCUGCUCCUCCAAGCCGCGGCUCCAGAAGACGCCCCCGCGCACCGCUGAGCGCUCGGCCGGCCCGGGCCGCCGGGAUGGCACGUGCCGCCUGCGCUCGCCGGGGAGCCGCCAGGGCGGGCCGUCCGAGCCGGCCGCCAGGGAUGGGGAAGAACAUGAUUCCUUUGAAGGCACUGAAGCAAGAAAGGCUUCACCUUUGUGAUCUCUGUCCUGGCUACAGAUGGACCAAACUUUAUACACUUCAGCUCAGCUGAUGAAAGCCAAACUUGAUCACCAGGAGUCUGGGAUGCCUUUCUCAGCAGACUCUCUACUAGGCCCUCUGCUCUCUGGCUGCUGUUCAGUGGCUGAUCUGCAGAACUUGCAGCAUGGAAACUGAGGAUCUGUUGGCAUUCACAAAGGCUACUUUCUCUGCUGUUGCUCUCUGUGCAGCCACGUACAACCAACUUUCCUGGUAGCACCAAAAAAAGAAUACACAGUCAUUAAUGAAGCCUGCCCUGGAGCCGAGUGGAACAUCAUGUGUCGGGAGUGUUGUGAAUAUGAUCAGAUUGAAUGUGUCUGCCCUGGCAAGAAAGAAGUCGUGGGUUACACCAUCCCUUGCUGCAGGAAUGAGGAGAACGAGUGUGACUCCUGUCUGAUUCACCCAGGUUGUACCAUCUUUGAAAACUGCAAGAGCUGCAGGAAUGGCUCCUGGGGCGGCACCCUGGACGACUUCUAUAUCAAGGGCUUCUACUGUGCCGAAUGCAGAGCGGGCUGGUAUGGCGGAGACUGCAUGCGAUGUGGCCACGUUCUGCGAGCCCCAAAAGGUCAGAUUUUGUUGGAGAGCUACCCCUUGAAUGCUCACUGCGAAUGGACCAUUCAUGCCAAACCCGGGUUUAUCAUCCAACUGAGGUUUGUCAUGCUGAGCUUGGAGUUUGACUACAUGUGCCAAUAUGACUACGUGGAGAUCCGUGAUGGAGACAACAGCGACAGCCCCGUUAUCAAGCGUCUCUGUGGCAACGAGCGGCCAGCCCCUGUCCGGAGCACGGGCUCUGCACUCCAUGUCCUCUUCCACUCUGAUGGUUCCAAGAACUUUGAUGGCUUCCAUGCCAUUUAUGAGGAGAUCACAGCCUGUUCAUCAUCCCCUUGUUUGCAUGAUGGCACGUGUGUCCUGGAUGCAAGUGGAUCUUAUAAAUGUGCCUGCCUUGCAGGCUAUACUGGCCAGCGCUGUGAAAACUUUCUGGAGUCUGGGAAGUCCAGGAUCAAGGCGCUGGAAGAAUCAUUGUCUGUUCUGGAAGAACGAAACUGUUCAGACCUUGGAGGCCCAGUCAAUGGAUACAAGGAAAUCACUGGAGGCCCUGGGCUUCUCAGUGGGCGAUACGUAAAAAUUGGCACUGUUGUAUCAUUCUUUUGUAAUAGCUCGUAUGUGCUCAGUGGCAAUGAGAAAAGAACUUGCCAGGAAAAUGGAGAGUGGUCUGGGAAACAGCCCAUUUGCAUAAAAGCCUGCCGGGAACCAAAGAUCUCAGACCUGGUGAGAAGGAGGGUUCUUCCAAUGCUGGUUCAAUCAAGGGAGACACCAUUACACCAGCUGUACUCAACAGCCUUCAGCAAGCAGAAACUGCAGGAUGCCCCUACCAAGAAGCCAGCCCUCCCGUUCGGGGACCUGCCCCCUGGGUAUCAGCAUCUGCACACCCAGCUCCAGUAUGAGUGCAUCUCACCCUUCUACCGCCGUCUGGGCAGCAGCCGCAGGACAUGUCUGAGGACAGGGAAGUGGAGCGGGAGGGCAACGACCUGCAUUCCUAUCUGUGGAAAAACUGAGAACAUCACUUCUCCAAAGACCCCAGCCAGCCGCUGGCCAUGGCAGGCAGCCAUCUACAGGAGGACCAGUGGGAUGCAGGACGGCAGCCUGCAUAAGGGCGCCUGGUUCCUGAUCUGCAGUGGUGCCCUGGUGAAUGAGCGCACUGUGGUGGUGGCUGCGCAUUGCGUUACUGACUUGGGAAAGGUCAACAUCAUCAAGACAGCGGACCUCAAAGUUGUCUUGGGAAAAUUCUAUCGGGAUGAUGACCGGGAUGAAAAGACCAUCCAGAGCUUACGGAUUUCCGCUAUCAUUCUGCAUCCCAACUAUGAUCCCAUACUGCUCGACUCUGACAUUGCAAUCCUGAAGCUUCUGGACAAGGCCCGCAUGAGCACCCGUGUCCAGCCCAUCUGCCUCGCUGCCACCCGGGACCUCAGUGUCUCCUUCCAGGAGUCCCACAUCACUGUGGCUGGCUGGAACAUCUUGGCAGAUGUGAGGAGCCCUGGCUUCAAGAAUGACAGCCUGCGCUCGGGGACGGUCAGGGUGGUGGACUCAUUGCUGUGUGAGGAGCAGCAUGAAGACCAUGGCAUCCCAGUGAGUGUCACUGACAACAUGUUCUGUGCCAGCCAGGACCCCACCACCCCUUCUGAUAUCUGUACUGCAGAGACAGGAGGCAUUGCAGCCAUGUCCUUUCCAGGCAGAGCAUCCCCUGAGCCACGCUGGCAUCUGGUGGGGCUGGUCAGUUGGAGCUAUGACAAAACAUGCAGCCAUAGAAUCGCCACAGCCUUCACUAAGGUGAUACCUUUUAAAGACUGGAUUGAGAGAAACAUGAAGUGAGUCCACUGGGAAGCUUCCGUGUGCAUUCAUCCAUGCAGAUGCUGCAUGAUGCAGUGUAAACCUGAAGUGUGAGUUUGCCCAUGAACUUGGCUAUGCCAGGGCUUAUGAUUUCAGGGACAUAGCUCAGUGGCGGGUGAUAGUGCUCAGUUUUUGGUAGGCCACAACCUUUCUGGCUGCUUGUGGAAGAUACUAGAACUGAGCUUUUUAAAAGAAGACUAUUGAGUAGACAAGAGAACCUCCCCAUUCAACUGACCUGGUGGCCUUACAGCCACUCAGAAAUACAACAAUCCAGUCCAGCUGUGGUUGAGAGAGGGUUGAUCUGGGGGGCACUCUGGGCUUCAUGGGGCCUCUUUUGAAGCUCCAGCCAAACCAAGUUUCAAACACCCACCUACAGAACAUUCCAAGGCAGUAGAACUUGGAAGCACAUGCUUUUGUGUAUAUUGCUACAGUGCAAUCAGGGUCUUUACCUUUCCAAUUUCCUGUUCACAUUUUAAUAAAACAAGGGUUGGCUUACAACCUACAAAACCAA